GUGAGUGGCCAAGUGAUCACGACGGGCACAAACCCACUUGCGACGGACACACAGUACACUGCGAUCCAGCGCUUCCAGACAGCAAUGGAGACGUACCUAAGACAUUGUAAUCACGGUGUUUUUGACGACCCCAAGCACUUUUUGAAGCAUGAUUCCGACGGUGAGAUGAUGGUUUUAGGGUGGAUUGCUGGUGAGGUGCUUGUGCAGGCCAUGGGUAACACAUUGUGGCUGAAGGACAGGGCAUCGUUUGCUGCAUCACUGUUUGACCAGCGUCGGUAUUUGAUUGAUGACCUUGUGAUUGGUGACUAUGGUGGUGACUGCAGUGCUGCUUCUGCAUAUCGUGGGGCUGUGUGCCACUGCAACCAGGGCGGGAGAACUGUCUACAUGAAGCGUUUCGUGAAGAACUUUCGUGCAGAGAAGAUUUUUGAUGGCGACCUACAGCUUGAUCCGAGAGAAUGCUACAGUGUGAAGAAGAAGCUGAAGUCGAAAUUGAUUGAAGUUGCUGUUGUUAUGGAGGACAGUAGUCUUUCACAAAGUACUUUUAGUGACGUUUUUAUAGGAAUAGGAGCUGCGUUAAAAGACUACGACCUUGCCACGCUCUUGCGUUCCUUUGCGUUCGAAAAUAUUGAGUCAACUAUGGCAGACGCUCAUGUUGCUCUAACACGGACUGCACAAGAUUCCCUGGUUCAUGUUGUUGCUGGCCUCGUCACGGAGGCGAUGUUGGAUGUCCCGAAUGUGACCUUUAUUGAUCCA